AUGAGAUUUUCGAGAACUGAAAGACUAGCACAAUUGUCUGAACAAGAAAUAAUAAUUGAAAAAAAGAAAAAAGAAAUUCAAGCGAAAUUAGAAGCUCAGAAAAAAAAAGAAACAGAAGAUGCUUUUAAAAAAUUAAAUAAUUUUGAUGGAAAAAAUAUGAAAUUUUCUUCUGGAAAUCAAUCAAGGCACAUAACUAAGAAAAGAGAAAAAUCACCUGAAAUACGAAAAAAAGAUUGCCUUACAAAUGCAUUUUCCAACGAUGGUAGUUUUUUGGAUCAGUUUAAAAAAUUGUCUCAAACAGAACAGAAAAUAUCAACAAACAAUGAUGGUAAUGCAUUACCAAAGUCGUCAGACAUUCAAUUUCAGAUUCCUCCUCCAGGAAUCGCAGAAUUAAAUCCUCAAAAUGCUUAUUCAGCAGGUUUAUCUAACCAAUUUGAGGCUCCUCAUGUAAAAGAAAACAUUGAAACAUAUACCUCAUCAAUACCUUUAUCCAAAGAAAAUCAAUUAACAAAAAAUCAUGUUGAAACCAUUUCUAUGGCAUUCAAAACGAAUACAAUCAAAAAAUUAGAAUUGGCUUCAAAUCCGUUAAAAGACGAAGAUGAAGAUGAAGAUGAUGAUAUUGAUAAAAAUAAAAUUGGUAGUCGAAAACUUUUUAAAGAUAAAAAUCAAUCCACAAAAGAAAUGGGAUUUUUUAUGUCUAAAAUGUCAGAUGUGGGCAGUUAUUUGAAAAAUACAUCAAAUAACUUUAACACAGGCUUUCAAACUGAGUUUACUUCAAAUUACGAGGAAAUUUCAAGGACUUUGGACAAUCCAGAUGACAAGCAAGGUCAGAAUCAAGACAAAAAUCAAUUGGCAGAGGUCGUGGCUAAGUGUGGAGAUGACUUUGAAGAAAUUUUAUGGGAAAGAAAUAAACAUGACCCGGCACUUAAAUUUCUUUCCGAGAAAAGUUCAAAUGAGUACUUAUCAUUUCGAAAACUUGUACUAAACUAUCGACACAAACUAAGAGAAGAAGAAGAAGAAGUUAAUAAGGAACUUGGGAAUUCUUGCCGGGUCCAAGAUUUAGGAGGAAAGGAAAAAUUAAUUGAUUCCAAUUUACCACCCCAAGGACAAGAACUCAAUCAAAUUCAAGAUUUAAGCGAUGAUGAACCUUUUGGUUUUGAUAAUAAUAGAGAAAAAGGUAAGACGAUGGAAGGUCAAAAUUUUGAAGAUUGUUCAUUAAACACGGAUGAAAUGACACAUUAUAAAAUUCCCGAAUCGAGUUCUCAAGGCUAUGAAAUAUUUUCGAAAAACGAUCAUAAAAGUGAUGAAAAUCCUACGGAGCAAACAUCUAAAAGUUUAUCAAAUGGUGAAGGGGAAAAGACAGACAAAGAAAAACGUAAAAGAAAAAGGAAAAGUCGGUGGGGAGAUGUAGCGACGACAUCAGGCACCGUUCAACCUCCCUCAGUAGUCACUAACUUAACCCUACAAGCUGGAAGUAAAUUGCCAACGCCAAAAACGAAUCUUCUUAGUCAGUUGACGAGAUCUGAUCCGGGUUUACUACAAUAUGCUAGACAAACAUUCGGUUCGACUAAUUUGUCCGAAGAAGAUUGGAAAAAAGCAGAAGAUCAUUACAAAAUAAAUUUGCUUUAUCAAGACUUGGUGAAAAAAAGAGCUGAAAUCGAUAAGCUUGAAAAAGCUGGUAAAUUCAAAUACGAAUACGAUUCGGAUGAAGACGUGGAAGGAGGUACUUGGGAACACAAAUUGCGACAACAGGAAAUGAUGGCAACUCAAUUAUGGGCGGAAGAAUUGACGAGGCAAGCCGCGGGUAAACAUCACAUUGGAGAUUUUUUACCUCCCGAAGAAUUGGAACGAUUCAUGGAAAGAUAUAAUGCGGUAAAAGAAGGAAGAGAACCUGAUUUGUCAGAUUAUAAAGAAUUUAAAUUAAAAGAAGACAAUGUCGGUUAUAAAUUAUUGCAAAAAAUGGGAUGGAACGAAGGACAGGGACUGGGUCAAAAUGGCUCAGGUAUCACUCUUCCUGUCAACAAAGCCGUUACUCGUCACGAAAAUCAAGGUUUAGGUGUUGAAAGGCACGACGGUUUAGAACCUGGAGAUGAUGAAUAUGAUGCUUAUAGGAAAAGAAUGAUGUUGGCUUACAGAUUUAGACCGAAUCCAUUGGUAGGAAAAGAAAAAAAAUACAUUCAAAUUUUCCACAGAAAAGAUUUUCAUAAUAAAAAGUUUUGCAUUUUGUAA